AGUUAUAUAAAAAAAACAUAUAUCUUUUCAUAUAUAUAAUUUUGCCGCUAUAUAUGGUCACAUAUUUCCCAUAUAAUUUUCCAUAUAUGUUCGGCCAUAUAUGGUUUUUUAAUGCGGGAUGAUGUUAGUAAACAAUUUAGUUCAUGACUAACCACGAGUCAUGAAGUUGAUAACAAAAUUAAUAUGAUUAAAUACCAAUAGAAAAUAACAAUGUUCGAUCAUGACGGUAACUAUAAUUCUUAGAAAUAUUUCUGUUAACAUAAACACAAAUUGUUUUGAUUUUAUUACUUAGAACUACACUGGAAAAUACUUAUCAUUAAAAAUUCUAAAAACAGGUUAUGGGCCCAGUAUUCUUUAUUUCUCUCCACUUUGUAAAGCUCGUUACAAAAUUACAAACCUACUCCAUAUUCAAAACCUACAAAUAAGAUGUAAACAAGAAAUUGUAUCAGAAAAUCCAGAAACAAAGCUCUGAUUCACUAUAUUACAAUGCAAUCCCGUCAUUACUCUAAUGAAAACAUAGUCAUGUAAACAUAGUUAUAAAUUGGUGGUCCAGGAUUCCUAGAGACGCGUCAUAUGAUGACGUAACCACGAGUAUUAUUGCUCAAAUUGAUGUCAACAGGAAUAAUAUGACACAGUAAUUGUUGCAUCAGUUGAUAGGGAAAAUGUAUAAAUUCAAACAGGAUUGCUAAAUUUAUUCAGUUUAUAUCUACGCUUUGAACACUACACUAGUUUGCUCGUGCCAAAGAAUUUUUGAAAAUUAAAUUUGAAGAAUACAAAUAAGGUACAUUUAGACUUUAGAAAUAUUGUUUUUAUUUAAUUAGCGUAAUAAAUUGUUGCUAAUCAAAACUUAUGAAUAUAAAACAAGUUUAAUUUUCUGUUCCAGGAAUUCUCAUACGCUGCCACCUGUUUACUGCGCAUCAAAUCAAGGUCACCGAUGCAUCAAACUCUGAGAGUAGUAACGUGGAAUUUUUGUGCAUCACUGUAUCACUUCUAAGAAAAAUUAAAUACGAAAUUGGUCAAAAUGGUAAACUACUACAUCUACGCCAAAGACUUUUCGGGUUCAACGCGUAACGAAGAGUUCUACCACACCAACGGCCUGAAAACUUUGGAGCAGUUCAAAAGAGACGUAGAAGAAAUUGAAAAUGAACUUUUGACAGCCGGCAUACCAUCAGAAUCAAAAGUAAUUUAUUUGCACUGGGAUUCUUUGUGUUCUGAAGCAGAUGAAGAUGAAGUCAGACACACAUAUACUAUGAAAACAUGUGGAGGAGGAACGACAGAACCCGCAACAAUCAUCAAACGGAUUCAAAAGGAUUACAAUUGCAAAGACGAUCAAAUCAAGCUGCUGUACAUCAUCACUGAUGGUCUUAUUCCUGAAUACAGUGUGGGUGAAUGUUUUGAAUUGAACAAAAAUAUGCAGUGUGAAAGAGUUGUCUUCCACGCAUUCAAUGAAAAUUUGUCAGAAAUUGAUAUGUCAGUUGCUGCUUCAUUUUUCAAAAGCCGUUGCAAAGCGUAUCAAAAUAACCAACUUAUUGAUAACGUUGACAUUUCGCAAGAGUACAACUACGACAAGAUCUCUGUGGAUAACUUUUCAGUUGAAAAAGAAAAUCUUAAGUCUUAUAUUAAGCUGAAGUUCAUCAAAGUCUGCAAAAAAGAUGCUCUAGCUCUACAAGAAAUCACCAAGUUGAAAACUCUAAGAAACCGUUUGUUUGACGGAUUGUCAUGGAAAGUCCCUGAAAAAAUAAAUUUGGAAACAAAUAACAAAGAAAAGUUUCUAAAGGAAUUCGCUAAGACCAAUUGGUACCGAGCUCUCAAUGCUUUGGAGCAGGAUACAAAAGUUGACAUCGAUAAAUCCAUUUCUUCAUUCAUCAAUUACAUCAUCAGUGAAAGAAAGUCCUACUCCUUUGACGCGUUGAAAUUCAACACCAAAUUUGAUACAGACAUUCAAGAAGAAGAAAUCGAUGUCGACUUUCCAGCUGAACAAGAAAUCGAAUUCCCUGAUAUUCUUCUGGAAGAAGACAAAGGAAUUCCUGUUGUUCUUCUCACUGAAUUCAAUCUGCUGGACAAGCUUAUUUUCCACCGACCACUUCAAGUAUCUCCGGCAAGUUUUCGGAAAUUCAAAGGAGCAAUGGAGUGCCCUCUGUUUUUGAUGGACGAUCCAGAUAUCAAGGAAUCGAUUGGGUACUUCUACACUUUGAAUGCUUACAAGCAGUUGCUGAAAACUACAAGAAAAGAGCCAAGAACUCGAAGGACUUUUCAUGGUGGGCUUGUGCUGACGGAUACAAAUUUGUUCGAUAAAUACAACGAUUACAUUCUGUCUGCUACUUACUUCAAUUCCAAGAAAGUGAACUUCAAUGUUGGUUUGUUCUACUUCAUUUUGUGGAAAAACUGCGAAGCUAAGCAAUGGAUGGAUAAAAAUGUGAAGAAACGAUUCAAGGAAUAUGUAAUGCGACGGAUCAGCUCUACAGUCUGCAAAAUUGGGCUGUCGUCAUUGCCACUGGAUCCUACAGAAAAUGUUUCGCUGCCGACUGCACUUUGGUACUGCGUUGAAUUGUCUUCUUGUAUCUUCAAAAACGAUCCACAAAAUUUUGCACACGAACGUUUGAGGAUGUUUUACGGCGUGGCGCAGUGGAUGAUUGAAAUUCUCAGGUGUCUAGAUUACAAGCUAGAUUUGAAGUCUAUUGAAAAACGCAGAGAAUUGAUGAAAUUUGUUAUGAUUCUAAAGAAAAUUCCAAGGCAAUCUGACAAAGUUUAUUAUCUGCUAGAGAGAAUUUUCAAAAAAACCAAUGGGUUUCUUGUCAGUGAAAUUGAGAAGCCCUACAAUCUUGAUAAAUUGAAUUACCUGCAAUAUAAUCACAAGGGAAUGAUGAGCGAAGAUGUGAUGGAAGAGAAAGUCGACUUGAAUGAUUACGUCCGUUUGUUGCACUGCGUGGGCGAUUUGAACAAAUCUAAAGCUGGUAAAGGCACGUACAAACUCUGCAAAAAGACAUUCCGCCCUUAUUUCACUCUGGAGGGGGACAAAUCUUUCUACACGGAACUAGUCAAAGCUACCAGAAAAACGGUGAUUAGAAAUUCGGAUGACAAAGAGAGAAUUGAAGUAACUUAUGAAGCAGUGAAUUCUCUGGAAUUUGACAGGAUACUGUCUUUGUACAAUUUGUACAUCAAGUGCGUGAGAGAUUAUAAAAAGUAUCCUACCCUGCCAGAAUACACUGAGUACGUUUUGAAGAAGAAAAAGUUUAUUGAUAAUUUGGUGACUAUUUUUCCGCCGAAUGUGUACUUUGAUAUUGAAGAUGUUUACUCGCGGUAUCAGGAAAUUGUAGGUAUGGUUGAGGUUAGAGAAUUUAUAAAGGUGGCUGAUUGUUAUUAUGGCCGGUCACCGAGGAUUAAGGCGGAAGAAAUUGUAAAGUUUAAUGAUGAUGAUAAGAUUAGCGAAUUUAUUUCAAGGGAAGAACUGAAGGUUAAUUUGAAUAAGAAUUCUAGAUAGUGUUUUAAUUUGGAAAAAUUAAGAUUUGAAUACUGGAAUAAAAAUAAUUUAAGAUCUAAUUCGGUUUUCAUUUAUACCCAAAUUUUAAUUAGUGUAAUAAGUAAGAAAAAUUAAAAAUUUUAAUAUUGUAAUGAAAAUUAUGUAAGGUAUAACUUGAUUUCUCAUUCAUACCCUAAAACUUGUAUUCAUUGUACAGAAGAAAUAAAAUUAAUAUGAAACCCAAGUUGAUAAUAUAAAAUUUUAUUUUUAAUGGUUUUAUAUAUUAGUACACUACAGGAGGAGAUUAUAUAUAUAUAUAUAUAUAUAUAUAUAUUUUAAUAAAGAAAUAACAUUAUUUCAUGAGAUAAACAAUCACUUCAUUAAAAAUAUGACUCAUUCUUUGCUGUAGAGUAGAAGUAACAUUUAUGGCUGUUUUUUAUUUAAAUAAACGAUAAAACAAAACUCACAUUGACAAAACAUCUCGAUCCGUUUUAAGAUGAAUUGUUGGAAAUUCUAUAAAAAUAUAUGGUUUUAUUAUUAAGAUUUUUGAUAAAUUAAUUUAAAUGUCAGCCGGCCAAAAACGAUACUUUUACUCUAUCCGCCGAAAUCCGCGAAAAUCCUAAUACUAAUAUUUCAUUUCUCGGAUUUCAAAAUCGCAAACUAAAGUUUAGAUUGAAGAAUUGUUUUAUGAAAAUAAAUAUUAGAAUCAUAUUCGCUUGACUAGUUCUAACGGUAUAUGUAAGUAGUUACCGACGCUACUGUACAGGUGGCGCAUCUUGUAUGUUUAUGUAAAUUAGUGUCAGCUAUUGUAAACUCAAAGCACAAAUGAUGAUGUAAUUACUCUAUAACUUGCGAAGAUAAAGAUAUUAGUCAUAAACAGUAUUGAACAGUCAUGACCUGUUCUAUCAGAGACGACCAAUAGCCUUUCAACGUAUAAUUAAGAUAAAUGAGUCAUGAUUGAAACCAAGAGUUAUAUAUGUCACAGCAGUAUUCCUAGAAUAAAUAUUGGGCAUGGUCGCUCAAUUGGCUAGUGCCUGGCCGGUCAUCGACCAUAACAGAACUCUCCUGUUCCCGAAAGAUCAAAAGUUUGUGAAGAAAUUCUUUUAUUUUGCCCCGGGUAAGUUUAUUGUUGGUUUUUAAAUUACUACUUUAGAUUGUUGCAGAAUUUAUAAAGAAGAAUAUGGUCUGGUUCAAGAAAUCGUAAAAUCAAAUUAUAGUUCAAUCUUAAUUAAGUCUUGUAAUAUGAAUGCGUUUUUCAUUCGCAUUCAUAUUUUGAUACUUAGUAAAGUGUGAACGAUCGCUACACUGCGUCGGAGGUGUCUUUUGUCGUCAUCGAAACGAAGCUGAAUGUCAAAAAGGAAGAAAACUACUUCACAUCAUCUAUUUUAUAUUAUUAAUUAGAGAGUCAUGUGUUUGUUUGUUAAAACUGUUUAAAUAUUUUUUGUUGCUCAGAAAUUUAGAAGACAAAAGGAGUUAAGGUCUCCAUCGAAGAUAUUUUUUUGGUCUUUUGACAAGUGUGACUAGAAAAAAUUCAUCAUUUGCCAACUAGUGACAAAAGAACAUGAAGCUUAAGAAGAACAGUAGUCUACAUAUUUUGAUAUUGUUUCCACAAGUGAUUAAAGGGACCGAAGAAAUAACACUUUCAGACUAUCAAACAAUUCACAUUGCGCAUGUAUUGACAAUCAUGGCAAUGCGAAUUGGCUGAAUUAAUCUGAAAGUGGCCGUCUUAUUACUGAAGAAAUUUGACCAGCGAAGAGUUUGAAUUUAAACUGCCUAAGGCUUUUAUUCUUGAUAUCUUUUUCCAUAUUGCACGCCGCACAAGCGGUGGUGCUCUACUCUCGACAUGUCAAAACCUAGCCUUUCGAAACUUGAAUGACGUUUUUUUUUUUAAUAUAACACUUACAUGAUAAUAUGAGUGCACUAACAUCAAGUUAAAUAAUCUGUCUAGCACGUAUGAUAUAUUUUAUAAACAAUUAUUCUUGUUUAAUAUAGUAAAUAACAAUAUAAAACUAAUCAUUCUUGGACGUCCGUGAGUCGGUGUUUACGGAUCCGUGUAUGUGGCAGAGAAAUUGAUCGAAAAAAUUAUCUUACCGGAAUAUUUUUUUUUUUAUUAUAUAAAGUUAUGCACUGCGCUGAUUCCUAGUUAAUAUUAGCGUUCUAAGUACUGUCGUUUAAUUAUAAUUCAUAAAAAACUAAAAUACGACUGUAUAUUUGUAUAUCUAUAUUUGUAUACAAAUGAAGAUUAGCCUUAAGCCAAAUGUAAAAAGUUGAGAUCAGCGCAUGCGUCAUUGUAAAUACUCAGGAAAUGGCGCGAAAUUUAAAUUUGAUAAAUAUGUUAUUGAAAUUUUACUACCAAAAACUUUAUUGAAAUUUUUUAUUUUAGAAGUUAAUGACCGCUGUGAGGCGUGCACUUUUAGAUUUUCCAAACUUUUUAUGUUCUUUCAUCCAUCAUUGGAAUUAGAUAUCAACAUUAAGGCAAGGCUUAUCGCCAGAAGAAACUAAAUCUUGAAUGUUUUAGCUUCUUUCAAAGUAGUUUGCGUCGUCUAUUCGUAAUACUAUUCUGAAAGAAGCCAAAAUAACGCAAGAAAUUCAUCACCAGAAGAAUUAUAUGAAGUAUAGUAUAGUAAGAAAUUGAUAGUAGUCCGUAGUGUAACGGGGUUACCCUUUCGGGUUGGUCCGUUCAUAGGCUACCGUCAACAAUUUAAGAUCAACUAUUAUUACUGAGACUACUUUAUUUAAAUUAAUUUGUAAAUAGUGGUUCAAUUAAUCAAAACUGAACUAAGAUGCAACUUCGAGAUCUCAUUCGCGUUGACGGGCGCCACCAGGUUACUGAAAACAAACAAAAGGUCGGCCACCUGGGAACCGAGAAUGUGAGCACGAGAGUUCAGGGAAAGAGAGAGAGAGAGAGGGAUACUGGGUCUGGAAAUAACAAGAUUAAUUAACAAUAUUGUUCAUAUUUAUUUUAAAAAAAUAACUUGUGAGCUAAUUACACGCAUACCUCACACUACAAACUUACAAUACUCAAACUACUGACUUUACUUCGGUAAUAACAAGAUGUAGAGGGGACGAUGGUGAUCAGGACUGACUGAAAAUGUUCCUGAUUGGGCCACCACCGCCAUAGCGUACUAUUUAUCCGUUAUUACUUGCGUUAAAGACCGACUGAAAUGGUCUGUUACACACACACACACACUUUUACUUGAUACCAAAAUUUUCGGUGUCUGUUUGUCCAACUUUCCUUGGGUGUUUAUCCUUGGAUUCCGUUACCGCAACUGGCCAAACUUAUAUCCAAUCCAAUUAUUAUUAACCUGUUAUAAUCAGACGGCGUUAGUAUGUACAUUGUGUAAAGAUUAAACAAUAAACAGAUUUUAUCGCUUCGUUCCACAAUUAAUGGAGACUCGACGACUUAAUAAUUAGGUCAUUUUUCCGGACGAUGUUGCCGUGUCCGGAAUCUAAUCUCUAAUGCACUCAAGUGUUUUUCACGCGUGCCCGCUUGCCGCCAGGCCCAUCACUGUCAUCCCCACUCUCUUAUAAUUACCGAAAAUCAGCGCACAGAGUACUACGUCGAUAAUUAAUCGAUAUUCGAUGUAUGACCUUUAGAUAAUGUAUCGUAUUUGGCUGUAUUACGUAAUUCUGUUAGUAAGUAGUUGACCGGUGGUUAGUACAGUAGUUUUCUGUUUUUGUCAGUGAUUAUUAAAUUAUUAAAUUGUAAACUUUUAAGAUUUUGUUUAGUGUUCUUGAGGAAUUUUGUCUGGUCUUUGUAUUUCUUAUAUCAUGAACAGAAAAAGUUCCUGAAUAAAUUUAAAUGAAUGUUUUAUUAUUCUGAAAAGUGUUAAGAAGAAAGAAGAGAAAAUUUGUUUAGUCUUCUCAGGCCUUUUAACCCGUCAAUGAUUUUCUUCAUAACAUAGACGGGAGAAAUGCCUGCCGAAGCUUAGAAAAAUGACACAACGACUCAAAAUUGCUGAACGAAUUAAGAAAACAUCGAUCAAGAAUCUGGUUUUGGUAAGAUUUGACUAAACCAAUCAGCUAUGUCUUUUCCAACGAUAUGGCGAAUGGGAUAAGUCGAAUUGGUCCAAAAUAAAUCGUCCAGUCAGAUCUGCAGCUGAAUUGUAUUAUAAUUUCAAUCUUGUGUUAACUUUAUAGACAAUUUCAGGUUUAAACUGGAUCGUAUCUUAAACUGUCACGCUAAUCAUCAGUAUUUAUGUGCUUUCUAAUCAUAAAACUGUUGGUUACUGUGGCGGUUUAUGAUCAUUUUUUCCACACAUCUAGGGUUAACGAAAAUAUAACAAAAAUCUUGGGUUUUCUUUAUCACUCGUCGGUUUCGAAUAGGUUUUGAUUCCAUUCGAAACUUAUUGGGUGUUGAAAUGGAUCAAGAUUAGCAUUGAAAACUCCUGACUGUUGCUCAAGAUCAAAAUUAUCUUUAUAGACAUCAAAGAAGAAAUUGAAUCUUGACUAUUUUAGCUCUUAUCAAAUUAAUCUUGUGUAAAAAGCGACCCAUCAACCCCGCUUUAAUGUGCUGGCAUCAGGGUGACUAGCUUCCGGCUCACCACCUAUCACGUGAUCAGAGCUACCCCCACUAGUGAUGAGGACUGAAGGCCACUCAGUACCAAGAUGCUGGGGACACUUCUAAUCGGACGGUCAAGGGACCUAUACACUCUACCUAUCUUUAGCAUAAUAUACCUUCUGUAUAUUAUACCUAUCCUUGCGUUACAAGUAUUGUCGGGUUUAUCUUUGUAUCAAUAAAUAUGUGGAUUAACUUAAACAGUGCGUUUUGGUCAUUAUUUACAUUAAAAAAAAAUUGAGAAAAACUGUAGCGAUGUAAUAAAGGAAAAAUCUGUGUAUCUCUAAAUAAAUAUUUGUAAGAUUCAUAUUGUUUUAUUUAACCCUUCAUUAAAAAUGAUGAUGACAUAGAAACAUGCAAAAAUGCUAAAUACACGGAAAAAAAAGUGAUACAACUCAAAAGUUAUCAAAUCAAAAGUAGUCAAAUAUCAGGUGAUGCUAAAUUCGGUUCACUUAGUGUAGAAAAUAUUGCGUUAAGUAUAGUGUAGUAUACAGUGUAAUAAUUUCACGAAAGAAAAAAAAUUAUUUUAAUAUUAUUAUUUAUUAGAAAACAAUAGGGGGAGUUUAUAUAUAUAAUAAUUAAUACCCCUACGGAAAAAAUGAAUAUUUGAGAUAUAUCUCAAAAUAUAUCCGAACAUAUCCGUAUUUUCGCUGAAAAAAUAUGUACUUUAGUAGAUGUCUGUAUAUUAUAUUUUUGAAUAUAUCUCAAAUAUAUACACUACUUCCGUGGAAGUAUUUUCAUUCAUACAGGAACUAUACUUCUGAGAGUGAUAAGAGUUUAGUCAUUUCCUCUCCAUACAUCAUCCACGUAGUUAGUGACGCUACUGUGCAGAUAGCGCUUCUCUAACCGCACUAUAAGCUGAAUAUUUUCAGUAAUAUAAUUUGUACAAUAAAACCUAGUAGAGUGAUAAUGAGCCUAAUAGAUGAGCUAUUAUAUAGGAUUAAUGUGUUUGUUUAUUGAAAGCCGUAACUUUCUGAUAACUCUAAUAAUGUAACCGCAGUAUUGUUAUUAAUAUGUUGCAACAUGCUUAUUAUCAAUUACUUAGUCAUGGUUGUUCCGUUUGUCCUUAUAGUAAUUUAAUAAAUUCUCGUUGACUCAACUGAUUUAUUUCAGUGUGUAAUUGACCGCUAGUUAGUACGGGAGUCUCCUGUUUUAGUAAACAAUUUCACGGACAUAGUUCGCGCAAAAGUUUUAUCGUGAAAAAGUUUAACUGCAGAUCGGUGAGUUUUUGUUGGUUUAAAAGAAUACUUAGAAUCUUUAAAGUAGUCCUAAUUUUUUUUUUUUUUUUAUUAGAAAUAGUUUUUCUACAAGUUUUUAUUGCGAUUUUCCUUUUGGAACUCUCUAUUGGUUUUCUGGAUUUGACAUACCUAUAUUGAGUUUCAACAAGAGAUUUAUAUAUUUAUCAUCGAACUGGAACAUUAAUGCAUUUUUAGAUAUCCUUGUGAUGGAUCUAAAGACAAUCUUUGAUUCUAAGGCUCUAAAUAUGGAAUGCGUUUUUUACUCCAUUCGUAUUUUGUGACUUAGAAUGAGAUUGACUUAAGACACGUUUAUUACGAACACAAGCAAGUAUCCACCAAACUCAAGACAAAAGACUGCUACAUUACAGAAGAAUAAAUCUCAGGCUGUACUAGCUAGCUUAAGGUCUCUUGUUUUUGGUUCAUGAGAUCAUUUGGAAGUUAGUAUAGACUAAGAUAACCAACGACUCUAUUGCAAGACCUCCAUCAUUUAUCAUUCAACAUGAAAGACAUUCUCAUCUUCAUGAUCUGUUUUAGCUGCCUUCAUUUUUUAGUGAGUUUCUCUGUAUCACUGACACUGGAGACUGCUAUGAUUGAUCGAGAUUGCACAUCCCACUCAUUGAAGAAACUAAAGAAGCAUGAACAUCAUUUCCAUCUGCACGAGGUUUCCAUCGAUAAGCAUGUUAAAUUUUUUGUCAAAACAGGAAAAUACUUAUCAUUAAAUUGGACGCUAAUGAACUUAAUCAUUAGCGCUAUAAUUCUAGGAAAAUAUAUUGUGCUUAUAGAGGAUGUGAUAAAUUUUAACGGAAGAAUAGUGAACUUUGCCUCCAUCAAAGAUAAGAAGUCAAUUGGUUUAGGCUUGAACAUCCUCAAUUACAAGUACAUCUCCAUUCUGUAUUGCAGUUGACGAUGUUUGAUUCUAACCAACAUUCUUCACAUCAAUGAUCUAAGAUAAAGUCAACUCAUGAUCUAGGUCUCAACCAGAGCCAAAUUUAAAUCUGUGGUACUAUUACAACACUUUUCAUGGCGAGUACGUUUCAAUUCUGUUUAGUGAUGUUAAGUGUUUGAAUAAUCCAGGAUUGACGUCAUCAAUGCGGUUUUUCACCCUUCGAGGCCUCUUAUCCUGUACUGCUUCAACUUUGUAGGAAAAUAAACUAUAGAUUGCGGUUUUAUAAUUAAUUUAAACUAUUUUUAACCUUGCAAGCUUUUGGAUUUCUUAGGGUUUCUUUCAACAGGACCUUGUUUAGUCUUUUUCAAAGUAUUUUUCAUGUCCAUGUUUCCUUUAUAUCAUGGACGGAGAAAAAACCUGAGGAAAAUUAGACGACUUUCAUCGCUGGAUUUUGGACCAAAUUGCAAAAGCGACUGAUCUGUACGCAUGUUUUAGGUGCUCAAGGGUUUCUAUUUACUUGGCCACCUUCAACAAUCGGAGUAGAUUGAAAGCGAUUUCACGUUGGACGUGAACGAGACGUAAUUAAGUCUGUAUCCCGUGCCUGCGUCGAAUUCUAUCCCUUCGAGGCCUCUGGCCUCGUUAUCGCACAACCUCAUUCAACAGGAAAACUAUAAACAACCGAGUUCUUUGAUAACUAAAUAUUUCCUUCCUUGAAUUUUGCAGGAAUGUAAUCGUUAAGUUUUUUCCAUAAGCUGAAAAAUGUUUAAGUUUAGGACCUUAUGAUGAUUUGUCUACUCUCCUUUAAGUAAUUCAUGCUGUUUAUGUAGUUCAUGUCAUAGCACCAUGAGAUACUUUAGUGAGUUUGGAUGAAUAAGUCUACAUCAUUUGUUUUGUAAUUGGUGAAGCUUUCUGCUUUCGUUCAAGUUAUUUGAGUUACCAAUGCUUUUUUCUUUCGCAUGAGCAAUUCUCAUAACAAGAACGAUUUGGACAAUCAAACCAACUGAAGAUUGUGAUAAUCAAGACACCUAGAAAGAAGAAAUUGGUUUGUUACAAUAGUCUUCGGUCUUUUGUACAUUUCUGUCUGUAAAAAGUCCUCAGGCUAUUGCAAUAAACCAUAAAUAUCAGCAAAGAAGAGAUAUUUUGAAGCUAAUCUAUUCGUUGAAAGAUGCUGCGAAGAACCAAAACUACAUGAAAGUAAACUAAUAUCUAGUUUUUUGGGUAAUUUGAGGUUUCAAUUGUUCUCAUUCAGCUUUAACACUCAAAGGACCAAAGAAACUGGGUAUAGAAUAUGGCCAUACCUUAGCCCUGAAGCUCUUAAUUUAUAAAUAUAAGUAUACUUGUCCAAUAACACUUGUAUGAAAAUUUCUUGUUGUAUUUUAGAUAUCGGUUUGUGUAUAACUUCAAUGUCGGUCUGUUUCCGUCAAUUCUGACGAGUGACGUGUUUUUCUAAUUUCAUGGCUCGUCGAAUUAGCGAAGAUAGAUCAAAAUUAUCUUCAUCACUAAAGAAGAAAUGACAUUCUUGGUCUUUUUUAGUUAACUCACUUUGCACAUGUAUUCUAAUCAUGGCAAGAGGAUACAACAAAAUCAGCCCAGUGUCUAUCAGCAAAUAAUUGUAAAAGUCAGCAGAUUGUACUCCAAAGAAAAUACAGAAAAAUCUACAGGUAGAUGUUUAAAAAAUUAAAAAUAAUACUUUGUCUGCAUUAUCAUAUCUUGGUAUCUUUCGUUAGUGAUGUUUUUUAAUUCAUCACUAGCAUUAAAUAUCAAAAGUCGAUACAGAUUUAUUGCAAGAAGAAAGUUAAUCUUGAAUGAUUCAGUCUUUUUUGAAAUUGCUUACGUUUUCCAGUCGUAAAAUUUCUAAAGAGACGGGAUUAGAGCAAAAAUUACUACCAGCAAAGAAAUAAUUCACAUGAGCCGCAAAUAUCAAGACUCUAUGACUUCCUUGUUCCGUUGACGUCAAACGAACUCAAACAAUGUCACUAGACAAAAUUGAAGGAAAACUAUAAAUAUGUCUAAUUGUGGUUUUGUUGUUAAUUAAAGAAUCGCUCUGCUCCAAUUAUUAAAUACAAAUAAGGAAAAUGGUGCCGCUAUUAAUAUGCUUUAAUUCUUUUUCAAAUUUGUAGUCAAUUGUUGACUGUUAAUUCUUAAUUAAUUUUAGCGUUUAAAAAUUAGUGUAACGUCCGCUUAUUGCCAUUUUUUCAACUUCUACGAAUAAGAGUAGAAAAAAAUAAGUUUUUAUUUAAAAAUUAAUUGGAAUUUUUGAUUUCAAAACUAUUUCUGUAUACUCGAAAGAUUUUUGAAAACUUCAGGAUAAUUUUCUAUAAAAGUGCAAAAACAGACAAGGCCCAAAUUCAAAGUUAUGGACAAUGAAAUAAAAUUUCAGCUGAAAAUAAGAACGUUUGGUGAAGUGACACGGCCUUAAAUCUGCGCCUAAUUAAAAACUUCUGUAUAAACGCACCGUAAAACAGUUAAUUACGUAGAAAAUGAGCUAAAGCAGUAAAUUUUUGAUAUUUUAUUACCUGAUAGGUAUGUAAUAGUAAACGUCUAACAAACAUACUUGUGUUGUGUAAAAUAUAUUUAUUGUGAGAAAAUUAUGUAUACAACCGUUAAGAGUGUUAUUUAUUGCAAAUAGAAUAUUACAGCUUGCAUUGGCCAAUCUUUGGGCACUUUGAUUCCUUGAAGAAGAGUUUGGCGGUCAUUCAUGUUCGAUAUCAUCUAGAAAAUAUUAACACGUUUUUCCACAAGCCGUUUAAAAUUUUCCACAACUUAUUUGCAUGGAUAACGAAUACCUUGAUAAUGCACUCUCGCUAUCUCACUGGCUGAACACCUGCGUCUGGCGAAUAUUUAUCCUCUUACCUGAGAAUACCAACGACGUCAUUUAUUAACAUUAAAGCAAACGUUUUGUUUUCUGUAUCUUUUAAAACUGACGGUUCAAUGUGACACAGAGGACAUUCUGAAUGUCAACACCGUGAAAUAAUUGUAUGCAUGUGUUCAAUAUUCAGAUGCUGUAUGUGUUGUUUUUAUGUGAAAAAUAAAAUAAAGUAUACGGUUGUCAAAAUUCUUAUUGAAAAUGACAUAUUAAAUACCAUAGUGAAGAUUAGCCUGAAGCAUUUAUUUGGACUGAUAUUAUUUAGAAGUCUAAAAAAUGUACAGAAAGAACCAAAUUAUUACAAAUAAAACUUGUCUGUUAAUUUCUAGGCAAUCUAAUAAUAAUUGAUAAUGUUCAUACUCACAUUAGCGCAUUGUGAGUUCUGUACGUUGUUUGUAUUGUGUAAUUGUACACGUCAACGUCUUUAUUGCCUUUUGCUUUAAAAAUACUGCGAAAAUAAUUUCAAAUUAAUAGAUGAAUGUAUUUUCUAUUUGAAAGGAUGAUGUAUGCUAAUGUUUAAAUAUCUUGGGAGUUCGUUUUGCGUAGGUAAAUGGAGUCCAUUCUAUUCAAGAAAGACUGCAAUAGAUGUAGUGUCAUUUCCUAAUUAAAAAGAUGUUUGAAAGAUAUCUUAACUAUAAGAUAUUUUGGAAGGAUUUUAAAUAAAAUAUCAAAUAAAAACGUUUUUCUAUGUCACCAUUAAUUCUGAGUUCUAGACUAGGUUUUAAUUUAUUAUCUAAAAGGUUUGACGUAAUUAAUUUCCAAAAUGACGCCCACGGUUUUCCAGACAAAACAAGUCUAGUUCCAGGGAUUGUCUCUGCGUAGGUGAAAAUAAAUUCGAUGUAAAAAGACUUACCAUGAGGUUAAAGCUACGAAAACAAUGACGAGACUUUGAACUGUAAAGAGGUGAUACAUUACUAACCCUCACACCCACACUAAGCGGCGUACGUUGCAGGUCAACAAUCGCAUAAAGUGAAUGACAUGUGCGUAGUACGCUAGACAGCGCAGGGGAGUAUAAAACUCCCACAGUCAUAACACAGUGAUCAGUCUGAAAAAAGCUGCGAGUAAUUACUCAUUGCUAAGUCAUACGCGUGUUAGUGCGUGUAUUCAAUGACUGUGGCGUAGUUUCUAAACAACUAUGGAUGUAAAAAAGUCCUUAAUAUGGUUUACUUUAUUAAAAAAAAUAGAGAAAAACCCUCAUUUAAAAACCGUACGAUUGCAAUAGUGAUAACAGAACAAAAGUUUAGUAACUUCAGCCCGCUGGGAAUCUAUUGUUUACAUUGCAAAUAAGUAAUUACAAAUUAUCGUCGUCGAUAGUGUCCAUCACAAUGUUGUUUAUGUCGUAGGUGAACGCACGAAUUAAGUUAAUGACCUGAAAUGUGUGCGCAGUUUGCAUUGGAAAUGGGUAUAUAAGUCCUAGCUCUCUAAAACGGGAACUAGUUUUAAAGCACUAUUGGCGAGAUAUCAACAGAAGUGAGCAUUUAAAAUAUUACAAAAAAUGGCAUCUCUGCCUAUGAACGGGAAUGAUUUUCUAAAUUUUAUGAGCAAACGUGAUUCACUAGCUAGUGUCAUAGCGGAAUAUCAUUCCAUAGUGCCCGAUCGAAAAGAAAAUCAGUUGAAAGAGGAAAAAAAGGGAAAAAGUGAAGAGGAAAUGCAUCUUGUGCGUCAUCUUCAUCGUCGUGUGAAACUCAAAAAUAACGAGACUGUCCUUGGUGCUACUUUUAUCGACGGUUAUGAGGUUGAACGGAAAUAUGUUUAUAUCAAAAGUCUGCGAGGAGAUGUCUGCAAUCAAUACUGGGAAAUCGUAUGGGAAUACAAGGUACGAGUGGUUGUGAUGACGAGUCAACUCAGUGACAAGAUGAGUUACCAAAAUUGUUUCUCAGAUGAGGGUUGUGUGGCAGUGUGCGAUAAGUUUAGGAUAAAGACUUUGGAGAUCCGCAGAAAACCACACUGCAAGUUGACUUUGCUAAGUCUGACUGACCAAUCUGGCCACGAGCACAAAAUAUCCUACUGUCAAUACACCGCUUGGCCAAAAGACAAUUUUUCCCAUCAGCUGGAUGCAUUUAUAGAUUUUUAUUGUGACGUGAAAAACUUGUGCCUUCAGUUCGAGAGACAAGCUGAUACGAAAACUGCUCCCAUUAUCGUGCAGUGCCUGGACGGAAUCGAUAGCUCUGCCGUGUUUUGCGUAUUUGAUAUAUGUGUUGCGCAGUUUGAGAAAACUGGAACUCUAUCAGUGGCAAGUGUUAUCAAGAAAGUGCGACAGCAGAAAUAUGGGUUCAUGAACCGCUUAGGAAACUAUACUCUGUGUUACCAAUUGCUUGGAGCCUACGUCAAUGACAUAGACAUAGACAUAGACAUAGAAAAGUUUUAUUUAACAUCACAAAUAUCGCAUUGGUACAUUUGAACAUAAAAUCUUAAAACUACUAAAACAAUUUUAUACUAAGAUGCGUUGGCUGACAUAUAAACAGCGUGAUGUUAAAAAGGGGCUCGACUCAGCAUAAAGUUGCAGUAAAUGUACUGCAACGCUGGU